CCAGAUCAGGUGGCCCGUACGGGCCACUUCUCUUUACUUCCAGGGGGUUUGAGGCUGUGGGCUACCACCACCUCCCUCUGGCCCUUUCCCUAAAUUUUUUUAUUGGCUAUUAUAAUAUUAUUCAAAAUAAAUUAAUCAAUAUUUUGUUGCCUAUAAAUCUGCAAAUCCAAACGGAGUGUAGGGUUUCCAUUCCCUUCGAUUUUUAUGAUUCGGGGUGUCAGCAAUCAUCAUCUAAUCACCGCGUUUCAGUCUUCAAUUCAAAGCUUUCAUUUUUGUUUAGGGAUACUUAUAAAAGAUUGUGGGUUGAUUUUAACAUUAAGCUGAUGGAAUGAUAGUUUGUUGUUCUUGAUCUUGAUCCAAAGAGACCCUUUAAAGAUUUAUGGAUUUGGAAGGUGAAAAUGCUGCUCUUGAAUCUGUUGAAGAUAAUGAAUUGACAACCAAUUUGGAUAGUGUUUCAAAUCUUGAUCAGAAUAAGGGAAAGUUUGAGGCUAAUGGGUCCUGUUCAAAUGAGAUUCACAACAUGAGUACUAGCAGAAUUUUUGAUGCUAAUACUGAGCAUCAUGAUGGACUAGUUAAAGAAGGUGCAGGAAUUGAGCAAUUAGAGAAUGAGAAUUCUGUGAAUUCUCAGCCUUUAACAGCUAAAUCUCCUAUUAUGGGUUCACCCACUAUGACUAAAGGAUAUGGGUUGAGAAAGUGGAGGCGGCUUAAGAGAGAGGUUGUUAAGGAUGCUAAUGCCAGUGCUGAUAACAGUAAAGUUUUGAAGCGGGGAUUGUCUAGUUCUGGAACCAAACUGACAAACUUAUUGCCAGCUGUGAUCAAGCAAAAUAGUGAGGGUUCUACUGGAUCUGCUAAUGUGUUAAGAAAUGCGGGUGUCAUUGAUGGCUUGGCGACUCGUGGUCCAUGUUUGGAAUCUAGUUUUGCAGUGGGCUCUGCUUUUGUUUUGGGCAUAGAUUCUGAGAAUAGCGAAGAUCGAAGUAGCAAGUCUUCGACAGCUGCCAGUGCUCCAAGGUUGAGGUAUGAUCUUCCUGCAGUGUUGGGAUACAUGCGGGAGAGGAACAGGAUCAAUUUGAGCAGAAAGAGUGUUGCUAGCUCAAUUCAACAAGUUUCGCUAGGGAAGGUUCGGGCAGAAAGCAGUAAAAAGCCUAGAGGAGAUAAGGUCAAAAUUGAGAAGGAAAACUCUCAUUCCAGUAUGGAAUCUGACUCAAGAAGCGCCAACUUUGUCUUUAUGCAGGGUGUAUGCUCUGUGACCAGUAAUGGAAAUCAAAGUGAAAAUUAUGAUGGAGAAAACAGUGAUGAUGGCCAUGCAGGUGAGCAACAGUUCAGUGAAGAAGUUCAGACUGUUUAUGGCCAAGAGAAUGUGGGAGAAGUUAAAAAUGCUUCACAAGAUGAUUUAGCUGCAGAUGCUUCUUGGGAGGAUAAGGAAGAGAAAAGUGAGAACCAUCAGCCCACUACAGAUCACGAUCCUUUGGUUGAGUCUCUUAUUAUCCUCCAAACAGUGCAGGAAGUCCUCGAAAGUGGUACAACAUCGGCUCCUGGUGACUCUUGCCCUCCUUCAUCUUCACUUAUUUCGGUCUCGCCUUCAACAGACGAUGCUACUCCUCCCAUUGCCAUCCGUAAAGAGGUUCGAAAAUUUGAGGAAAUUGGGAAGAUUAGCAGUGUUCCACUAGAUUCCACUUCAGCUGACAGGGGAAUCCAUGAGUCAAGCUCAUCUGACCAGUUUGAUUCUGAAAAGAUCAGACGAUCAAGUUCCUUAGAAUCUCAAGUGUUAAGCUUGACAGAAAAUAUAAAAUAUUUUGAAACCAAACUGGAGGAGGCAAACACAAUGCUUAAUGUAAAGGAGUCCAGGAUUGUAGAACUCGAAAAUACCUUGAUUAGUGGCAAGUCACCAACAGAAGAAUCAGGAAACACCAUGGAGUUGCAGCAUGAGAAAUCUAGAGAGAUUGAAACUGAGCUUGAGGGUCUAUUCAAGCAAAAGAUUGAGGCUGAGGUUGAGUAUUUAACCCUGUCGAUGAUGGUGCAGAAGUUGAGAGUUGCUGCCAGUGAUCAGCUCACUCUCUUUGAACAACAGGAAGCCCUAUCUGGUGAGCAAGCACAAAUGCUGAACAAGCUUGGGGAGGCAGAGAGGAAGGCCUCAAUGCUUAAGAAACAAGCGGAGGAGGUGGAAAAAUAUUGCAGCGAUAUUUUAGGGACUGAAGAGGUGUUGAAGAUGCAGAGGAGAGUAUGUAAGGUUACUUCAUGUUUCUUUAUCCAGUUGAGUUUGCUUAUGUUGGUCUUUUGGUUAUUAGUGUUGCAGAUGUCACCCCAUUCUGGGGCUGUUGUACCCACCUAAAGUAUUUGAGAAAGAUAGAUCCUUUUUGUGCAUUAUCUCCAUUUCUAGGCAAAAAUCUGAAUGCUGAAUUUUGUUGUUAGAACAUUUUUUUCUCUAACUAUUGUUUGAAGGUUGAAUUGCAUUGUUAACGUAUGAAA